AUGACUUCCACGGUUCUAGUCACUGGAGCCACUGGCCUUCUUGGGCGCCAGCUAUUUACCACCUUCCAGCGCUCGGGAGUCCUGGUAGUUGGGCAGGGAUUCACUCGUGCUGCCCCUCCAACCAUUCUCAAAGCGGACUUGGAAAAGCCAGAGGAUAUCAAGGCUCUGCUGAAUGAAGUCAAGCCUCAGAUUGUCAUUCACAGCGCAGCAAUUCGAUCCCCAGAUUUGUGCGAGAAGAACCCCGAGCAAGCACGCAAGGUCAAUGUCGAGGCCACUCGGGCUCUGGCUGAAGAAUGCCAGACUCGCGGGGCAUUCCUCGUCUACAUUUCCACUGACUACGUUUUCUCCGGAAAGGAGGGCGAAGCACCCUACGAAGCCGACGCCAAAACCGAGCCGCCAAAUAUCUACGGCCAAUUGAAGCGCGAUGGCGAAUUGGCCGUCCUAGAAGCCACCAAGGACUCGGGACUCGGCGUGGUGCUUCGCGUACCGGUGCUGUACGGCACCGCGAAGGAAAACUCAGAAAGUGCGAUCAACGUCCUAUUCGACGCCAUCAAGAAAGCGCAGGAUGAGAAUGCCGGCGUGAAGAUGGACGAUUGGGCACAGCGUUAUCCCACCAACACGGAAGAUGUGGCCCGCGUCGUCCGCGAUAUCGUCAUCAAGUACCUGAAGCAGAAGGACCAAAUCAAGGAGUUACCGCACAUUUUGCAAUUCAGCUCCGAGGACCGCAUGACCAAGUAUGAAAUCUGUGAGAAGCUGGCCGAGGUGCAGGGCUGGUCCCUGCCUGGAAUGAUUCGCAACAAGCAGGGUAAUGAACCGGGAGGUGUGCAGCGACCCUACGAUACACAUCUGUCCACCAAGGCACUGGUGGAUUUGGGCAUUGAUGUGCGGACUAUGGACUUUAUUGCCUGGUGGCGGAGGGAAUUGGGCGCAUUCAGACACUGA